AUGAAGACAUUCUCCUCUGUCACUGCCGUCACGGCCUUGCUCGCUGCCACAAAUGUCAUGGCUCUGGAACGGACCUACCAGGGUUGCUACUCGUCAUCCACAGGCAUGACGCUCAAUUCCACCCAAGAGUACAACUCGAGGGGAUCAUGUGGAGAUCCGUGUUAUGGUAUGAACUCGGCAACAUUCGCCAUGACAAACAAGAACUUCUGCUACUGUGGUGACACCCUUCCCCCGGCAUCAACCAAGGUGGAUGAUACCAAGUGCAACAUCAACUGUCCAGGAUACGGCACAGAGAGCUGUGGUUCUAAAGGAUUUUGGAGUGUCUAUGUGACUGGAAUUGCAGCUGAGGUUGAGAAUGCACCUGCAGCCGCUUCGGAUACCGUGAAGUCUUCGACAGCAUCAGCUACUUCAACUGGAAAGCCAUCUGUUGUUACUGUAGGAGGACAAACUGUUGUCGUUACCGCUGGUAGUGAAGCCACAAACUCUGCUACGUCAUCCGCGGCAUCAAAAAGUAGUGGACCAAGCAAAGCUGGCAUCGCUGCAGGCGUCGUUGUCGGUGUUAUUGCCAUCGCAGCUAUUGCUGGAGGUGCCUUCUUACUGAUCCGUAACCGCAAGAGAAAGGCUAUUGAGGAGGAAUACAAGAGAAACGCUGCUGUGAGCAGUUUCAUCGCUGGUGGUAAACCACCUACCAGCAGUGGAGGUGCUUCUUCAUUCAACGAUAUGCGCCUUGACCCAGCGGUCAUGGCUCAACGAAGGAUGAGCGAUGGUAGCAUUGCCGACAACCAAGAUUACUCCAGAAGAAUCCUCAAGGUUACAAACGCUUGA